AUGGAAAGCUGCUACCUCCUAGCUGACCCUCCACCUACCCACUGGUCGCGCAAGAAUUUCCCAAUCCUUGUCUGUAGCCCUCGAGUGGAACAAGUCCAACGAUGCAUCCAGGACAACAACUCGAGUAGUAAUCUGUCAGCCCUCAAGGGAGUGGAAGUGUUGCUACUGAUUGCAAGCUUUAGUGGGUUGGCAGUGCUGGAACCCUGUUCGUGUUGUCGGGGAGAACCAUUCCGAUACUGUGGGAUGCAGUGCCGACAUUUCCUUGUGGGUGAUUCUCCCCAAUUUCAACGACAACAAAACCCAAAGAAGAAAGAUUAUUCAACAACAUUGGACAUGAGCUUGUGUGCAUUGGAUACAGAUGACUACAUCUAUUAUUCCGAGCAUGUCCCAUUGCACCGAGAUUGGCAUUCCGGUUGGAAGUGGGAAGAAACGAGCCAGAAAACAAUAAUUGAAAAGGGUUUGACUGAAAUUGGACGUUUACAUCAUAGUCGUGGAAGUAGUGAUGGUAUUGGAUAUCUCGCCUGUUCCUCCAAGGGAUUCUAUUCAUCUUGGUUAGACAUGGAGUGGAACGACAUGCAGAACAAUAACUGGCAAAUCACAUGCCGAAGAAGCCCCAAGAAAAGUGGCAUGGUUCAUUACUACCUCUAUUUUUCCAAGACUCUUUUGGGUUCUCCCAGCAAGAUCACAGAGAUGCAUACAUCCGGCUGGUCAGGCCCACAUCCGCAUGGCCGGAAAGUUCCGGAUGCCGAAAUACAAGCAUUUCUGGAUCUCGAAUUCAAAACUGUGUCUGUCAAGAGAGACACACACAGGUUCCGAUUAUGCCCGUCGGCAUGUCUGUCCGUGGUGAAAGCUGUGUUGGCCCAGGGAUUAAAAAUAGGUGUUCAAGACAUUCCCUGA